UGAUAAGAAUAUUUGAGUUAAAUCUCGAAAUGCCCUCGACUCUAGACUGGGCCAAAUGUUUGCCUGUUUCGCCUGAUUUGAUUCGCAGCAAAAUAUUGGCACAGCAAUUCCUGAAAGCCGCAGGAUUAAGAUAGCAUUAAUUAAACAGACUGAAAGCUUGCAACUCAAAAACUGAUCUAUAACAUUUUUGAAAAGCAACCCCAUCUGAUUAUGAUUUCGGUAAGCCAUUCUGCCAUUCUAAUCCGUUCAAUUAUGCAAGCCCUAUUGAAAUGCAUUUUCUUUGUGUGACGAAUUCGUCCUGGGAGUUUCUUCACUUGUUUGCAGUGUUCAAAUAUCGCGCACCCCUUGAAAAGGGGGAAAUGCCUGAGGCAACCGGCAGCCGGAUGCCGGGCCGACCCCACAAUGUACCCACUUUUUUGGUCAGCCACGAUGGAACCUACUUUCGGGUCGAAAGUCAAAUGUCGGCAAUUCGAGCGUCAAAUCGGGAGAGUUGGCCCAGCUUGCAAAAUGGUAAUUCGGUUAUAUGCCAAAAAAAUGAAUCAGGUCAGAUGUAUAAGGAACGAUUUGAAAUUUUCAAGAAAAUAAACAAUAGAAGCUAUACACGUUCCCAUGAUGAAAUGCGCAGCUAUGAAGCCUAUGAGGAAAAUCAAAAAAUUGUCAACGAACACAAUUCGUAUUACGAAACUGGAAAAAGCAGCUUUCGAUUAGCAACAAACACAUUGGCUGACAUGAAUACUGAUUCAUACCUCAAGGGAUAUUUACGUUUAUUACGGAGCCCAGCGAUUUCUGAUUCGGACAAUAUUGCCGACAUUGUUGGAUCACCGCUGAUGAAUAAUGUUCCCGAAAGUUUUGAUUGGCGUAAAAAGGGAUUUAUUACACCAUCGUAUAAUCAACAAAGCUGCGGCUCCUGCUAUGCCUUCAGUAUAGCUCAAAGUAUAGAAGGGCAGGUCUUCAAGCGCACCGGUAAAAUUCUAGCCCUAAGUGAACAACAAAUUGUGGACUGUAGUAUCUCCCAUGGCAAUCAAGGCUGUAUCGGGGGCUCACUACGAAACACUCUAAGAUAUCUACAGGCUACCGGGGGUCUAAUGAGAUCGCUUGAUUACAAAUAUGCCUCAAAGAAAGGAGAAUGCCAAUUCGUUAGCGAACUAGCCGUAGUCAAUGUGACAUCGUGGGCUAUUUUACCGACAAAGGAUGAAAACGCCAUUCAAGCAGCUGUGGCACAUAUUGGUCCAGUUGCAGUCUCCAUUAACGCAAGUCCCAAAACUUUUCAACUUUAUAGUGAGGGAAUUUAUGACGACGUAUCCUGUUCAUCAACUUCUGUAAACCAUGCCAUGCUACUGAUUGGCUUUGACAAAGACUUCUGGAUUCUAAAGAACUGGUGGGGAGAAUUGUGGGGAGAAGCUGGCUUUAUGAGAAUGCGUAAAGUUCGUUAAAUUCAAAAUACAAAAUACGUGUUAUGUGCAAAUUAUGGGUAUGAUGCGAUGUUCGGGGUGUAAGUGCAGGAAUUUCUCCAGGGUGACUUCCUUCAGACGCAUGCGUCGGAUCGGAUGGGGACACGCCCAUAUCACUCUAAUUGGCGGAAUGUACAAAAUCUCUCCCGGACAUGGCCUGUAAACAUUCGAGGCGUGACCCUUAUUGGUUGGGUUUCCUAUCUGGUAUUUAUUUAGUGUUUGG